GGGGCUUGGCCGCGUGCCCGCGCCUGCGCCUCGGGAACGCGCCCCAGCGCCUCCGCACUGGUGCAGUCUGCGCGAACAUGGCGGAUUUCCUGCCGACCAGGUCCGUGCUCAAAGUCUGUCUGCCCGGCUGCCUGCUCAACACCGGAGAGGUGGAGCAGCUCCGCAAGUCCCGGGAGAUAGACCGCUGCCUGUCCCGGGAGAAGACCUACGUCAAGCGGCUGGUGAAGAUCCUGCUGCUCGGGGCCGGGGAGAGCGGAAAGUCCACCUUCCUCAAGCAGAUGCGGAUCAUCCACGGACAGGACUUCGACCUGCACGCCAGAGAGGACUUCAGGGCCACGAUCUACAGCAACGUCAUCAAAGGUAUUCGUGUGUUGGUGGACGCCCGGGGGAAGCUGCACAUCCCGUGGGGUGACCCGGACAACCAGGGGCACGGGGACAGCCUGAUGGCCAUCGACACCCGGUCGGCCAUGAUGGCCAGCGGGCAGCUCGAGACGUCCGUCUUCUUGCGGUACCUGCCCGCCAUCAGAGCCCUGUGGGACGACUCGGGUAUUCAGAACGCAUACGACCGUCGUAGGGAGUUUCAGCUGGGUGAGUCAGUGAAGUAUUUCUUGGAUAAUCUGGAUAAGCUCAGCGAUCCGGAGUACGUCCCCACUCAGCAGGACAUCCUUCUGGCUCGCAAACCCACCAAGGGCAUCCACGAGUACGACUUUGAGAUCAAGAACGUCCCCUUCAAGAUGGUGGACGUCGGAGGGCAGCGGUCGGAGCGGAGGCGCUGGUUCGAGUGCUUCGACUCCGUCACCUCCAUCCUCUUCCUCGUCUCCUCCUCGGAAUACGACCAGGUGCUGAUGGAGGACAGGCAGACCAACCGGCUGCGUGAGUCGCUCGACAUCUUCGAGACCAUCGUCAACAACCGCGUCUUCGUCAACGUCUCCAUCAUCCUCUUCCUCAACAAGACGGACCUGCUGGAGGAGAAGGUGAAUAGCGUUCCGCUCAAGGACUACUUUCCUGAGUACACCGGGCAGGAGCACAACCUGCCGGACGUCCAGGCGUUCAUGGUGGAGUGCUUCCGGGCCAAGAGGCGCGACGCCACCCAGAAGCCCCUGUACCACCACUUCACCACGGCCAUCAACACGGAGAACAUCAGGCUGGUGUUCCGGGACGUCAAGGACACCAUCCUCCAUGACAACCUCAAACAGCUCAUGCUCCAAUGACCCCUGUCAACCUGUGAAUAAAUAGAGGACCUGAACGGGGACAGACCACCAUCCACACCCCCACCCCCACCCCACCCACCCCCUCGCUCCUGACGAGGACUUGGGAGAGACCAGCCUCGGAAGAAUACCGAUCGACGUCAGCAUUCUUCUCCAGCCGUUUUAUAUUAGUUUUUACCCUCCUCUUUGAAGAGUCGGUCCUCUUGUUAGUCCAGGGUUAGGUAGGGGAACCAGUCUGUAGGGCUAAAAACAAACACAAGCAGGAGGUCAUCUCUGCUGCUUUCGUCUUUGAGACUCUCUCCUCUGGCCUGAGCGCCGAUGCCAACACCUGGCUACGGGGAACCUGCGGAACUUUUUAAGAACCGGGCACAUGGUCUCCAAACCAGACGACACAACUCGUCAAGCAACAGAUACAGGAACGACGAUGUCUAGACCACAUGAAAGCAAAAGAGUUAAGACGGUCAAAAUGCACCAAAAUCAGCAAGUGUGCCGCUGUUGAUCUGCCAGUUUGUGUCCAAAGCACUGAAUUCAUAAAGCCCCCAAAUCACUCCAUUGUUUCUGUCGCACCCCUCCAGUGCUGCUUUGCGAAUGUGGUUUCGAAGCCCCUGUAGUUUGUAGAAGGGUUUGCCAUCUUGCUGAUGAUCUGGAGACUGCACCUUUGUUUUCUUGUCGCAGCACCGUCCCUCCCUCUUCUCUCCCAGUCGUCAGCCUUUUCUUGGCCUCCAGAUCAGCGGGUUUAAGGUGCCCAAACAGAGACAUUCAUGCCAGGACGAGGACCAGUUCAUUGACGGCGAAGAAAGCAUUCAGAAAGUUCAAUAUUUUAUGUGGGGAAAUGGCUCCAGCCCUGGCACCUUGUCUGUGGAAGAAAAAAAAAGCAAGAAAAUGGGGCACAACCGCGAGACUGAACCUGCAAUGCCUUUCCAUAUAAUGUCUUAUGUAGACCUAAUCACUGUUUAAAUCCUGCAUUUGUGCCUUUUGCCUCUUUAGAAUUAAAGCCAAUACUAGCGCCUUUAACAAAUAACUAAAAUGCAAGUUGUCCUUUUUGUUUUUGGUCGUUUCGAGGGACAAAAUUACCUUAAAAUGGCGCAUUGGGCAGUUGUGCCAGCAAGUGAACAUGCAGUCUACUGUUUUCUCAGGGUUGAAUAAUUACAAAAAACGGCGGUAAUGCAGAGGUUGCCGUUGACGAACGAACUGAUUGAUUUGAUCUUUAUCUGGGUGGCAGAGCGGUGAGACUCAGCCAGGCCUCGGUACAGUUAGCUUGGUGGUUUUCGGUACUGUAUCCUCCUGGCUUUGACCCCUGAGCGCCGACCCAGAAUCCCCCUGUCUCUCUCUCUUUGUUUCCAUCUCUGAUUAGAUGCCUUGUAAAGGGACAGACCUCCCCUGUUUUGCCGAAAUGAUGAAUGUCUGUUAGUAGAUGUAGAGAGAUUUUGCUCUUGAUUGUCUGAAUAUACUGUAACCAACGUUGUGAGUCGUGACUCCAGACGUCUCUGAAAAAACCACUUGAAGGUUUGCUUGUGUUUUUUAUAUGCCAACUUGACCUAUUUAGGAGUUAAACAUUUUAAACAUUUUGAAUUUCUCAAAAGUAAAUGUAGACCCAAAAAAAAGCCACUGGAGAUGAAUACUUUUGUCAGCGACGGUAUUCUGUAGGGGAAAAAUCUUUGUUAGAGGACAAUUUCCAGGCACCGUUUGAAUAUGUUUCUAUGCCAAAUCACCACGUGCUUUCUUGGGAUUGUUCACAUCGACAUUCUCUAGUUUUUCCCCCCAAAUUAAAAGCUCCUGUGAGCAUCAACUUGCUUCUAGUUCUGGCUUUGUACAUACUGUAAUCUGUUGCCAUGUAAAUAAUAUUCAGGUUUAUCUCCGUAUAUGUAAAUGGUUGUAGAAAUGGAUUAUUUUUUCCGUACUCCGAAUGUGUUUUUCAAAUCCCUGCUUUCCCAAUGAAGAUUACCUUUUUUUUUGAUUAGGAUGUAUUGUCUUAUUUUUUCAUCACCCUCUUGAAAUUCAUUCCUAUGCCAAGUCUCAUGCCACUCUAACCCUAUCAAUAAAAUACACUUUUCUAAUGAAAGAAGGGUGUUUC